GCGCCGAUCUGAGCGGAGCUCCCCCGCCGAUAGGUUUCCGGGCCAGUCAAAGCGCGUUCUUUUAGCCCUUGUUCUUCUUCUUCGGGCGGUGCUUGGUGGAAGGAAGCUUCCGAGCUUUGGUGGAAUUUUUCGUGCGGCGGGGAUGGAGCCGCGGGUUGGGAACAAGUUCCGGCUCGGCCGCAAGAUCGGGAGCGGCUCCUUCGGGGAGAUCUAUCUCGGGACCAAUAUCCAGACGAACGAGGAGGUCGCGAUUAAGCUGGAAAAUGUAAAGACAAAACAUCCUCAGUUGCUCUACGAAUCAAAGAUUUACAGGAUUUUACAAGGAGGAACUGGAAUUCCAAAUGUCAGAUGGUUUGGUGUCGAAGGAGACUACAACGUCUUGGUUAUGGAUUUGCUGGGGCCAAGCCUGGAGGAUCUAUUUAACUUUUGCAGCAGAAAAUUGUCUCUUAAGACUGUACUUAUGCUUGCCGAUCAGAUGAUAAAUCGAGUGGAGUUUGUCCAUUCCAAGUCUUUUCUGCAUCGAGACAUCAAGCCAGAUAAUUUUCUCAUGGGUCUUGGUAGGCGGGCUAAUCAGGUCUAUGUUAUAGACUUUGGUCUUGCCAAAAAGUACAGGGAUACUUCAACGCAUCAACACAUCCCAUACAGAGAGAAUAAGAACUUGACUGGGACCGCAAGAUAUGCUAGUGUGAACACUCAUCUUGGCAUUGAACAAAGCCGAAGAGAUGACUUGGAAUCUCUUGGAUAUGUACUCAUGUACUUCCUAAGGGGAAGCCUGCCCUGGCAAGGUCUGAAAGCAGGAACGAAGAAGCAAAAGUAUGAGAAGAUCAGUGAGAAAAAAGUUGCAACAUCAAUUGAGGCUUUAUGUCGUGGGUAUCCUACUGAGUUCACAUCAUAUUUCCAUUAUUGCCGCUCGCUUCGGUUUGAUGACAAGCCUGAUUAUUCCUACCUUAAGCGACUCUUCCGUGACCUCUUUAUCCGCGAAGGUUUCCAGUUUGAUUAUGUAUUUGACUGGACAAUACUGAAGUACCAGCAAUCACAAAUUGCUAGUGCUCCUCCUCGUGUUGUGGGCCAUGGUGCAGGACCUUCUGGGCUGACACCACCUGCACUGCAGAAUGAUAGUCAGUCUGGCGCCGUUGAAGGGAGGAUUAGUGGUUGGUCAGCAAUGGACCGGCGCCGUGCCCCACCACCCCCUAUUGCAAGUGUGGGGAAUUCUUCUAAGCAGAAAGCCCCUGUAGGAAAUGAUGCCCCUAUUUCUAAAGAUCCUGCGACAUCUGGCUCAAAUCUCUUGGGACGGUCAAGUGGAUCGUCAAGAAGAGCUGCUGUUUCAAGUAGCCGGGAUGCUAUGGCAAGUGAUACUUAUGAGCCUUCACGAUCACGCACAACUGAUGCAAGCCCUGGGACAUUUCGUAGGGCCUCAGGUACUCAGAGAAGCCCACCAGUAGAUUCCGCAGAGCCAAAGCGCUCCUCUUCAGCGCGGCACCCAUCCAACACAAAGAACUAUGAGUCUGCUCUCAAAGGUAUUGAAGGUCUUAAUUUUGAUGGCGAUGAGAGGGUUCAGUACUAGUAGCAUUGAAGAAUUCUACUUCUACAUGUGCCGUGUAUAAAUCAUAAUCUGAAGGUAAGCACAGCAUUUCCUGUUGAGUUUUGGAUCACAGGAGAUGAUUAGGAGGAGGAUGUGAAGUGCUAUUGCCAGAUGAUGGUCCUCUGGACACAGUAAAUAAAUCGUCAAAUCGUGGGCCCGAGGCGCAUGAAAUUCAGCUCUCAUAAUUUAUUAUGGUUGUUCUGUAAAUGUCUUUAUAGUUUGUUAAUCUGGCGCCUCUUGAGUUCGUGGGUCUGUUGUAUUAUUUAUGUCUCUGAGAGUUGCUGUGUCUAUGAACAGCCAAGAUCAGCUGGUAAAACUUGUAUUUGGAAAAGUGAAACUUGAUCAUGUAGAAUUUUUUCAUCAGUUCAUUGAGCAAAUUUGCCUGAUAACAA